AUGCUCGCCGCCGUCUUGCUGUUGAGUCGUCUUGUCGAUGCCGAUUUGAGCAAUCGCAAUCUGACAAUUUCACCUCAAGACCCGACAUUUCACUAUGUGAACAUCUCACUGCCGGCGGCGAUUGUUCGGAUUCGAUGCAAUCAUUGCGAUGUUCAACGAUGCCGACCGCUUCCAUUCUGCUAUUCGAUAGUGAAUCGCGAGAAUGAGAGGAGUCGCGGCGAUUAUUGCGCCGAUAUGUCGCAAAUGUCGUCGCUUGUUGGCGCGCAACUUGACGCGACGACGUCAUCGGCGCGGCGACGUCGACGAAUCGCUGACGGAUGCCUGCCGUCGAUUGCCGAUUCGGCGAUCUCCUAUUGUGUGUGUAGGACGUUCAAUGAUGACACGCGGGAGUACGAACAGCUCGGCCGCAUCCGUAUAUGGCGAUAUCAAUCGCUCAAAUUCUACGGCGAACUUCAACAACAACAACAAAACUCGGCGAUGUUGCCAAUUCGUCUCGAGCUUCUCCUUCUUCUUCUUCUUCUUCAUGUUGUGGGCCGUCUCGUUUAA